AUGCAGUUCUCUCUCGCCGCCCUUCUCUCACUGGCUGUCGCCGUCAGCGCCGCUCCCCACGCUCGCGCUGCAGAAGCCGCCACCUGUGGCAGCAACGACUACUCUGCCAGCCAAGUCUCUGCCGCUGCUGACGCUGCUUGUCAAUAUUACCAGGACGGCACAACUGCCGGUAGCUCUAGCUAUCCCCACCGUUACAACAACUAUGAGGGCUUUGAGUUCAAGGGCUUGAGCGGUCCAUUCCAGGAGUUCCCCAUCAAGACAAGCGGAGUCUAUACUGGCGGCUCCCCCGGUGCUGACCGUGUCGUAAUCACUGAGGAUUGCCAGUUUGCUGGUGCCAUCACACACACCGGCGCCAGCGGCAACAACUUUGUUGCUUGCGAUGGUACUUCCUAA